UGGGAGGAGAAGGAAAAUGGAGUCAUGGCCACAUAAAAACCAGAGCACUGUGAGAAAAUGAGGGGAAACAAAGGAGACAGAGAAAAGAAAAGUUCUUGUCCUUUCACUUUGACUCAGGACAUUGAUCUGCUUUGCUGGGGUAGCGGGGAGCUUGGUCAGACUGGAUGUGGAAGGCCAGGGGGGGUCGCUCCAGAGGAGGCCCACCUGAGAGAGUUCACAUCGGACAGGCUGGGCACGGCCAAGCUGCUGGCUUGUGGAUCCAGUCAUUCCAUUGUGGUUACAGUGGACAACAGGAUAUUUGCAUGGGGAAACGGCACCAGUGGACAGCUUGGAGACGGGGAGAGAGAAGUUAAGGACCAUCCAGUCGAGGUGAAGUUGCAACAGGAACUAGAAGUAACAGGAAGUGGCACCGGGGUGAAUGUCGUUGACAUCGCCGGUGUGGCCUGUGGAAGCAGACACUCCUUCGUAUGGACUCAAAGUGGACAAGCCUACAGCUUCGGGAACAACUUUUAUGCCCAGCUAGGCUAUGACUUCCAGAGGGCCGACUUCAAAGAGCACCAGCUGGCACCGCGUUUGUUCCAGAGUCUUCCAUCAUCUCUGAAAAUAUCUCAAGUGGCCUGCGGAGAGCGACAUACCCUGUUUGCGCUGGAGGACGGCAGCGUGGCGGCAUGUGGGCAGAAUGAUUAUGGACAAAUUGGCAGCGGUCCUAAUGAAAAUGUGGUCAUCCCUCGCUUUGUGGAGUGUGUGGGCCGCGUGUCGAAGGUCACCUGUGGGGCAAACCACAAUCUUGCACUCACGGGUGACGGCAGGUUGUUCCAGUGGGGCUGUGGACGUGCAUGUGGGAACAUGAAGAAGAACAUCCUGUCGCCAGAGGAAGUGACGCUACCAAGCUCGCCAGUGAGAGCGAUAGCUGCAGGAUGUUGGCAUAGCAUACUUCUCACAGAUGGUGGGAAUGUCUUCUCCUGGGGGAUGGGGCAAGAGGGACAGCUUGGACUCGGCGAGGACAGGAUUCACAUCUCUGCUCCUCACCUUCUCAACUAUUCUCAGCUCGCCGGAGUCACAGGGGUACGAGCAGGGGACAGCUACAGUGCAGCUGUCACAGCAGGUGGAGAGCUGCUCCUCUGGGGACAGAUCCCCUGUGUGUCCCUGGUCACUGACCAUCCAGGCCUCAAAAGACUCUGGACCCCCCAGCCUGUUGCACUGGCAGGCAGAAAGGUGUGUGAUGUCGCCUGUGGGACCUGGCACAUGACGGCCCUCACCACACGGAGCGGGGAGAGGAACAGAGGAUGCGAUCACCCACAACGUGAAGCUCUCUUCGGAGACGUUGACAGGAAUCCCCCACCGACGGAACACGCAGAGAAAGAAAACACAGCGCAAGACUUUAAGCACAGGAUCCAGGAUCUGCAGAGACCAGAAGGCCCAGAGGAGGAGGAGGAGGAGGAGGAGGAGAAAGAUGAAGAACGUGGAAAAAACCCAAACCAUGAUGAGGGCAAUGGAGCGUUACCUGAUUCAGCAUUCGCCGGAGCCAGGUCUGCAACGGGGAUAGACAGGACAGGAAAUGGCCGCUCAUCAAUCAAAUCCGACCAGGGGCAGAGAGAGAGGGAGGGUUGCAGAACAGAGGGGCCGCUGGAGCUGAGGAAAGAACCACGCAGGAGCAGAACGAGCAGAGAAACAGUCUUCACCACUUUGCAUCUUUUACCUAAGACAGCGGGAGAACAAUGCAGGCCAAUAGCCAGCUCCUUGCCGAGGCUGCUGACCGGACAACAAGCUCAUAGCAGAGUUUUAGCCGAGGCUCAAAAAGAGAGAUCUACCCAUCUGACUGAGCUGCUCCAAAAAUCUGGAAGUGAUAGCAGCAUUUUGCAGAGUCCCGAGCUGAGACUAAAACCCAGACCUCCUGGGAGAUGUUCAGGUCCUGGGGCUCAGAGAGUGGCCUCCUGUCACCACUCAAGAACAAGACUACACACUGGCUCAGAGUCUCCGAUUAACAAUUCUUCUCCCCGUCUGACCCCUGGACAACAGAUUCAGACGUCGCCUUCCUUCCACCAGAGACCACAAUCCAAAGCCUCUCUUUCUCCUACUCCUUCUUCUUCUAAUGCAUCCAGGUACUGUCCAACACACAGGAGAGCGGUUUCCUCCCCUGGCGCCUCUGGGAAGAAACUAUAAAAAACCAACAGACCCAGUUCUGUCCACCAGUGGAGCCGAGAAUAUUUAUUCCAUGCUUUAAUGUUUUAAACAUGUGUAUUUACCCUUUUAUGUCAGGUUAUGUGAGCUACUUGAAAUCAAAAUAUGAUUAUUGUAUAACCCCCUGGAUAAUACACAGCCCCAGCUAUGAGAGAGAGAAUGUGCACUCUAUUAUCUACUUGAUAAUGCUUUUCUAAAGGCCACAUACAAAGCUUAAUACUUUUGGCUCCAAGAUGACGGAGAAACAGCCUCAUUUACUCUGCAUGAGUUCUCCAAAACUCAGUAUUAAAGGGCUCCACUUUACCCCAAACUGUGUUUCGGCAAAUGUGCUCUUCUUUCAGACCAUCUCAGUCAAUGACUCUCGUGAACCUUGACCUCAUCGGAAAGCAUUAGGCUUUGGUCUUUGCAGUGAAAUCUGCGUGCAGGAGUUUCAGACUCCUUGAACAUUUCGACAGAACUUGAGAGGGUUGAGUUCUUUUUUUUUUCACCAUACGUACUACCAAGCCACAUUGAUUUUAAUACUUACAGUAUGUUGUUUAUUAAAGACAUAACGCCCUUCAGAUCUUGGCCUCUUGUAAGACAUUUCACGCUGGAGUGUUUUCAUGGCUGCUCAUCUCUGCAGCAUGAGUCACAUGUGCGUACCACUAUCGCUCUAUAGAGUGUGAGGAAAUUGAUUUGUUGCAGAGAUAAUGCUAUACGAUUAGGUUUCUCUGCGUAAACAGGAUCACUCCCUUGAGUUUUUUCUUUGCUAUGUUUUGUUUUCAAGUUUCUUAGAAAAAAGUCCUUCAUUAGACUUUAUUUUAAACUGGUUCUUUGCCACAGUGUCAACCACAACCACAUGGUAAUUCCUCUUGUCAGGGUUUUACUUAAAAGCUCAUUGACGGUACCUUUAUGUCCGAAAAGAGAUUUGCCUGUUUCAAACGAUAUCAGUGUUUGUUCAUCAUCUAAACUUCCAGACUGCAAAUCUUGGCAUAGCGAGGUGAGACUCAUCACUCAGAAAUGUCACCAAAUUAUGGUUAAAUUAGUUUGAAUUAUUUCAGAUUAAUACUACUACUAAUUUACCACUGUUAGUAACUUUAUUACUAACAGUAAUAAUAAUAAUGAGAAAUAUUAAAUCUUUUAAAUGCUCAUUUACAAAUGUACAUAUUUCUCUAUGAAUGUGCCACCUGUGGGUUAUAAGUUAUGCUACAAUAUUGGCUGGAUAUGUUGCACCUAUUUUUCUUGUAUCAGAGUCGUUGUCAUGUCAUCGGAGUAAAGAACACAUCAAAACUA